UAGCUUUAGCUUUAGCCGUAGCCGUAGCCGUAGCCGUAACUGUGGACCGGGAUGGGGACCCAAAUAAAAGACGUGGCCAUUAAGCCUGAUGCUCCUAAUACCCUUCUCCUGGAUAAGCAUGCUGACUAUAUUGCUGCUUAUGGCUCCAAAAAAGAUGAUUAUGAAUAUACCCUUUCGGAGUAUUUGAGGAUGAGUGGUAUUUACUGGGGUCUCACUGUGAUGGACCUGAUGGGUCAGCUUCACCGAAUGAACCGAGAGGAGAUCACGGACUUCAUUAAAUCCUGCCAGCACGACUGUGGAGGCAUCAGCGCCAGCAUCGGCCACGACCCGCACCUGCUCUACACGCUCAGCGCCGUACAGAUCUUGACACUGUAUGACAAUGUUAAAGCCAUCGAUGUGGACAAGGUUGUGGAUUAUGUGAGAGGACUUCAGCAGGAGGAUGGGUCGUUUGCAGGAGACAAAUGGGGGGAAAUAGAUACCAGGUUUUCCUUCUGUGCAGUUGCAACUCUGGCAUUGCUGGGCAGAUUGGAUGCUAUUGAUGUGGACAAGGCCGUGGAGUUCGUUUUGUCCUGUAUGAACUUUGAUGGAGGUUUCGGCUGUAGGCCUGGCUCAGAAUCUCACGCUGGACAGAUUUACUGUUGUACGGGGUUCCUGUCCAUCACCGGUCAGCUCCAUCAGGUCAACGCUGAUCUGCUGGGAUGGUGGCUCUGUGAGAGACAGCUUCCGUCUGGAGGCCUCAACGGCAGACCAGAGAAGUUGCCAGAUGUGUGCUACUCGUGGUGGGUUCUCGCGGCAUUAAAGAUCAUCGGCAGAAUUCACUGGAUUGACAAAGCCAAGCUGAGGACGUUUAUCCUGGCCUGUCAGGACGAGGAGACGGGCGGAUUUGCUGACAGACCAGGAGACAUGGUUGAUCCUUUCCACACACUGUUCGGUGUAGCUGGUCUGUCUCUUCUUGGAGAUGAGCAGAUAAAGCCGGUGAACCCGGUCUUCUGCAUGCCUGAGGACGUUCUCCAGAGGAUCGGCCUCCAGCCUGACCUGCUGAGCUAAAGCUGGAGACCAGAGAGGUCACAGGAUCACAGCGCUGUACAGUUUAGAGUUUUCUCUGCUUUAGCAAAGCUGAUUCAACUCAUUAAAGGUUUCACAAUGA